AUGGAUGUUUCAUCAACUGUCGCUACAUGGCUGUCUUUGGCGGUCACAAUCUUGGGUCUUGGUUCCAUCGCUACACAAUUCGGCACGAUCAUCGAUCAAGCAGACCCAUUCCAUUCCCUGAGGGACAUUCGGCACCUAGGCAGCUGGUGGCGUCGACAACCUACAGUUCCGUGGUAUCGAAUUAUCAAGCCGCCUCCUGUCGGGCCUGUUAUCAGCGCAGACCUCUCAAACGGAAUAUGUGGUAAAAAAAGAGUUCAUCUUAGCCGUCUGCCACUGACACGUUCAGCGGGGCAAGCCGCAUGGUCUAUUUUGCUAGCAGUGGUCCAUCCGGUAUCUAGGAAGGAUAGUCGUUGUUUGAAACCCUUGGAAGGUGUUUCAAUCACUGGAGAGAAAGAAGGUGAACAUAUUGUGACGAUCACCGACGAAAAAUUCGACCUCGUCCCAUGUGAGACCUGGGCCGAUAUCCCUCUCCGUCCUCUCGUGAAGCAUAGAUUGACGACUUGCACCGUGAUAUCACGCGGUACUCUUUUGGCAUUAUUCUGCCUAACAAAUGCGCGUCAAGUAUACCGCUAUAGCAGUGCUUCUGGUCAUCGGGCUGCUUACGCGUCAUAUUGUGGGCAAUGGCGUAUAGAAUGGCCUAUUGGAGACCGCGCGUGUGUGUUUUUUUGUGCACAUGAUUCACAUGUUUCUUCAAAAGACGUGUAUCCGGCAAUCUUCGAACAAAGGACCGACAAGUGCUUACAGAUGCUGGCCGGUGUGAUUGAUUCUGAGGUACCAAAUGGCUUCAAGUGUGCCUUCCCGGGACGCAAAUCAACCGGCACAUGGCGACUAGAAUAUGCACCUAAAGGGUUUGGCGGCGCGCACAGCGGGAGACAUCUUUACAAUAUGAUUGGCGGCAAAGUGAACGAGGUGGACUACUUAUUCCUGAAGCCAAGAAGUAUGGAAAACGAAUCAUCAAAAAGCACCGUCGUUCUUCGCUUGCCUAAUAAAGAAGACGGUACUUCUGAUGUCAUCUUAUACAUCGGACAUCAAGAAUCAGCUGUUCUAGACCAGGCUUUGGAUAACCUACCGUGGUCAUUCCUAUCAUGGUCUAUUCAUAGGGGAUUACGUGAUAUUCUCACUGCUUAUUCAAAGCAGAGAAUGGACCUCUACCGGAAUCGUCUAGCAAAUACCCUACGCCUUGCGGUAUUGAAUCGGCCAGAAACGCUAAUCGCCAGAGGAUGGGACUCGCAGUUUGUCAGGCAUGAAAUGGCAGACAUGGCAUCAAGUGCUGUUCUUUCAGGACAGGGAAACUCAGGGGAUGCUGUCCGUGUAGUGACAGAGAUUGCGGCAAGCUUGUGGGACGGAGACGUUUCGGCUCUUGAUGAAACGCACUUCUGGAGACAACCAGUUUCUGAACCUGAUUUUUCAACUUUGAGCCCAAUGGCUGUCAUUGCCCUCGUCAAAUGCUUUGUACUGGAAUGGAGUAAUGAUUUAGAUUACCAGAUGUACCAUGAUUUUCCAUUGGAACUGUACCUCGGCUAA